AUGCAGGAACACAAUCACUUGCCUCUAGGGGCAAAAACUAACAGAGUGUUUAUAAAUCAUGAUUCCUUUGACCAGGGUGGUGAAGAAAAAGUGAAGAUUGAGAGGCCAGGGGGAUCUCCUGUCUGGACACUGAGCUGGAAUCCAUCCAAAGAAGAACCUUAUGACAUUCUAGCGGUUGGUGAUUGGUCUCAGAAGCUUUCUUUUUAUCAGCUCAGUGGAAAACAGGUUGGAAAGGAUCGUCAUCUUGGGUAUGACCCUUGCUGUUUGAGCUUUUUCUCUAAGGGUGAAUACCUUGUUAUUGGAGGAUCUGACAAAAAAUGCACUCUUCACACAAAAGAAGGGGUGGCUCUCACAUCAGUGGGAGAGCAUCAGAGUUGGGUUUGGUGUUGCAGAGUCAGGCCUGAUUCCAACUAUGUGGCACUGGGAUGUCAAGAUGGUACAAUAGCGUAUUAUCAACUGAUCUUCAGCACUGUCCAUGGCUUGUACAAGGACAGAUAUGCCUUUAGAGACAACAUGACUGAUGUUAUUAUUCAGCAUUUGAUAACAGAGCAGAAAGUUCGUAUCAAGUGUCGAGACUUAGUCAAGAAGAUUGCUAUCUACCGACACAGACUUGCUGUUCAACUGCCUGACAAAAUAGUGAUCUAUGAGUUGAACACUGAUGAAAUUUCUGAUAUGCACUAUAAAGUCAAGGAAAAGAUUGAGCGCAAAUUUGAAUGCAACCUGCUAGUUGCCUGCUCCAAUCACAUCAUUCUUUGCCAGGAGAGAAGACUCCAGUGCUUAGCAUUUACUGGAAUCAAAGAGAGGGAAUGGGUGAUGGAUUCACUAAUACGUUACAUCAAAGUGAUUGGUGGUCCAUCAGGACGAGAAGGUCUCCUAGUUGGCUUAAAAAAUGGCCAGAUAAUGAAAAUAUUUAUUAACAAUCCUUUCCCGCUGUUGUUGUUGAAACAAGAGACAAGUGUUCGUUGUCUGGACUUAAGUUCAAGUCGUACCAAGUUAGCCGUGGUGGAUGAAAACAGUACCUGUCUUGUGUAUAGCCUCAAAAACAACGAGCUUCUCUACCAGGAGCCAAAUGCUAACAGUGUUUCUUGGAAUACCCACAAUGAGGACAUGCUGUGUUUUUCUGGUGGUGGCAUGCUGAACAUCAAGGCCAGCAACUUUCCUGUACAUCAACAAAAACUACAGGGUUUUGUAGUUGGUUUUACUGGAUCCAAGAUCUUCUGUCUUCAUGUGUACACCAUGUCUGCUGUUGAAGUGCCACAUUCAGCUCCAAUGUAUCAGUACUUGGAAAAGAAACUGUACAGAGAUGCAUACAAAGUUGCCUGCCUUGGUGUGACCGAGGGGGACUGGAGAGCACUAGCCAUGGAAGCCAUGGAGGGCCUGGAUUUUGAUACAGCUAAAAAGGCCUUUAUCAGAGUACGGGACUUGAGAUACUUAGAAUUAAUCCACAACAUUGAGGAACGUAAAAAGAAGGGAGAGACAGAUGAGCAGGCUUUCCUUGCAGAUGUUUAUGCCUAUCAGGGGAAAUUUCACGAUGCUGGAAAGCUAUACAAGAAGACUGGACAUGAAGAGAAGGCGAUGGAGAUGUUCACCGAUCUCAGGCAGUUUGAAUAUGCAAAGGACUUCAUUGGCGGCAGUGAUCCUAAGAAUGUGAAACAGCUAAUCAGGAAACAAGCUGAGUGGUGUGAAACAACAAAUGACCCCAAAGCUGCUGUGGACAUGUUUAUUGCUGCUGGCGAAAACCUCAAAGCCAUUGAAAUCAUUGGACAACAUGGAUGGGUCGAGAAGUUGCUUGAACUUGGAAGAAACAUGAACAAAGCAGACACCGAGGGACUUAAACAAUGUGCUUAUUACUUCAAACAAAUGGAUCAGCAUGGCUAUGCGACAGAGAUGUACAUGAAGAUUGGUGACAUCAAAGCGCUGUUGGAACUUCACGUGGAGACAAAACAUUGGGAUGAGGCGUUUGAACUUGCUGAAAAACAUCCAGAAUUUAAGGAUGAUGUAUUCGUUCCUUAUGCAAACUGGUUGGCAGAAAAUGACCGAUUUGACGAAGCUCAGGAAGCUUUCCACAAAGCCGGGCGGAGGGAUCAAGCGGUCAAAGUACUGGAACAGUUGUGUCACAAUGCUGUCGUCGAACACAGGUAUCACGAUGCUGGAUACUACUUCUGGAAGCUGUCAGUGCAAUGUUUGGACCUGGUCAGCGGUGAAGAAAAUGCCCAGGGUGAACCUGAUGAUGAAAUGUUGGACAAAUUCCACGAAUACCAGGGAAAGGCAGAGAUCUAUCACCUGUAUCACUCCAUUCAAAGAUACACUGAUGAGCCAUUCACCUCCCAUCUUCCCGAGACGCUUUUCAACAUCGCUCGUUAUUUGCUACAUAUGCUGGUAAAAGAAAUCCCACCCGGAGUGUCAAGAGUUUCGACGUUGUUUGCGCUCGCCAAACAAAGCAAGAAUUUAGGAGCUUACAAAAUGGCACGUACGGCUUACGACAAACUACAGUCAUUGAAGAUUCCUCUACGUUUUCAAGAAUCUAUCGACCUGGGAAGUGUUACCAUUCGCUCAAAACCUUUCCACGACAACGAGGAACUUCUUCCGCUGUGUUACCGCUGUUCAACUACGAAUCCCCUCUUGAACAACAAAGGAAAUCAGUGUAUCAACUGUGGACAGCCAUUUGUUUAUUCAUUUUCAUCUUUCGAGGUACUUCCGCUGGUCGAAUUUGUGUUGGAAGACGGCAUCAGUGAUGGGGAUGCUUUGAAACUGAUCGAGGUGGAACCACCCAAGACCCGAGAAAAGAAGCGCUCAAACUGGGAGGAGAGAGAUAUGGGAAACUUUCAGUCCCUGCAGUUCACAGAUGAACCCCCCGAAGAGGAAGAAGACGAUCCGUUUACAGCGAAGCUGAUGAGUUUUGAGCAAGGUGGAUCUGAGUUCGUCCCAGUCCGCGUUGGUCGUUCGACGUUACAGGCCAUGAACAGCCGCGAGGUACUAGUAAAGAAGUGGCCCAGUCCCCUAAAAUAUCAAUAUUACCGAUCACUUCUCCCCGAUGUCUCCAUUACACUUUGUUCGUCGUGUAACCGGUUAUUCCACACAGACGACUACGAGCUUCUGGUUUUACAGAAAAACUGCUGUCCGUUCUGCCGCAAACCCGCUGAUCAUCUGUAGUACUGAUAUGGAUUUUCUGCGCUAGACUUCUGCUCACAGCAGUAGCUUAGCACGCGGCAUGGUGUCAUUUUACCACACUCUCGUUCGAAACAACGUUGGAAAUUCAUGACAGUGUUAGACUGAAUGAUAAUAUGCGAAGAAUUACUUUGUGCGUUUUGAGUUUGAGAAUUUUUGUCGAAAAUGGAUUUCCAAUACAAUGAUCCACUUUUUUCGCCAAACAGGAGAAUUUUUACUUCAGUCACUCGAAGACCUUAGGCCUUCAAAAAUAGGUUACUCAAACUUUCGCUAAUGAUCUAGAUUGCUGACGAUAAAGCCAGUUCAUCUUGAACUGAUAAAAUUUCUCCAUACACUGUGUCAACCCCAAGAGUUUUUCUUCACUCUCUGCUGUAUACAAUAAUUUAUUCAGUUUGUAUAUAGCUUUGCUUAUUAUUUUAUACUAAUGUAAAUAUCUUAAUAUUUCUAAGAGACCUGAACUGAAAGUAAUUUGAGUAUGGCACGGAAAGCUCAUUAAAAGCUGCCUGCAGAAGAACAA